AUGCCUUGGUCUUCAGAAUACUUCCUCGCUGCCACAGUGCUUGUCAUCUCCCUCCCAGUUGUCUACAACAUGCUCUUCUCCUCGCGCAAUAAGUUCCCCGUGGAAGGGCUCACCGCGGUCGUGACCGGAGGCUCACAAGGUCUCGGACUCGCACUCGCGCAAGAACUAUCGUGCCGAGGUGCAAACGUGGUCAUCGUCGCGCGGGACAUACCGAAGCUGGAAAGUGCGAUCAAGACACUUCAAGCGCGCGCAAAACACCCGCACCAGCGCUUUUCACAUCUAUCUUACGACCUCCGCCGUGCCGAGUCCGCCCCGGAGAUUCUACAAGAGGUGAAAGCAUGGAACAACAGAGAGGCGCCGGACCUGAUAUUCUGCUGCGCAGGACACUGUUACCCAUCCUUCUUUGCGGAUGCGCCGGUCGAGCAACUCAAGGAUCAGAUGGAUACCGUCUACUGGAGCUGCGCAUGGAUGGCGCACGCGGCCAUCAAUAUGUGGAAAACACCGUCAAGCCCUGAGCAGAAGACCUCUCGACCCAGAACGACGAGACAUAUCGUCUUCACUUGCUCCGUGCUCGCUUUUUUCCCCGUGGCCGGUUACUCGCCGUACUCGCCGUGCAAAGCCGCUAUGCGAGCACUGGCAGACGCACUGAAUCAAGAGGUCGAAGUCUACAACGGCUCACGACAGAAUCCUUCAUCUGGACCUGUCCCCGAUGCCGAUAUGAAAGUGCACAUCCUCUUUCCCGUGGGCAUUAUCUCGCCUGGCCUAGAAAACGAGAACAAAAUCAAACCCUCGUUGACCCUCCAACUCGAGAAGGACGAUAAACCGCAAGACCCCGAAGAGGUCGCCAAGAUUGCCCUCCGCCGACUCAGUGCCGGCGAUUUCAUGAUUAGCACCCUGUUCUUGGGCCAUCUAAUGCGAGGGACAGGCAUGAGUGGAAGCGUGAGAAUGAAUUUUUCGGAUAUCUUCUGGAACUGGCUCGGAUCAAUCGUCAUCCUGUUUGUCGCGCCAGAUUUCGUUUCGAAGUGCAGAAAUUGGGGCAAAGAAAAGGGGAUGAAAUCAACCUCCCAUAGCAGCUGA